GUGAGCUGCCCGCGGCCGCCGGGACCUGCACUGCAAGCUGGCUCGGCGUGCCUCGGCUCCGCGGUGGAAUCUCGCCUGGCCCGACAUCCGGUUCCUGUCCCCGGCAGGCUCCGGCCCAGACCAGGCCCCCGGCCUCUCACCCGGACCUCAGGUUUCCGCCACAGCCCCCAGCCCAGGCCCUGGACGCGCGUCCGGCCCCUGCCUCCGUGCCCGGCCCCCACGCCGCCUCCCGUCCCUCAGAUCUCCAGCCGGCGUCCCCACGACCGGCCCCGACCAGGCCCCCGGCUGGGCCCUUCUUCAGCUGGGCGCGCACCUCUCCUUGGAGUAGAGCUGCAGCUGCUGCUCCUGAUGCUUCUUCCGGAUAAACGCCAUGGAGGGCAGGCGCGGGCGGGCGCAGAGCACACAGGCAGGCCCCGCCGCCGCCUGCCGAGGAGGUCCGGAGGAGCGGGGGAGGGCGGGCUUGGUGUCCGGCUGGGGAGCGCGCGGCUGCCGUCCUGGCUUCCAGUGCGGCGCCGCUGGGCGGCCGAGAGCCCGACGCGGCGUCCCGGCCGCGCUCACCGCAGCAUCCUCGCGUGGGGACUCCGGCGGCACCGUGACUCAGGCCCGGAGGAGGGGCGUGCGGUGACACGAGGCGCCCCAAACUCAGGCCGCCUCAGAGGAUCGCCAGGACCAGCGGCCAGACUAGGAUCCGACCUCACACACUAAACGUUUCACCACUUUACCAACCAUUGCAGGCUGCGUUUUAAAUAUUUUACGCAUAAAAAGGGAUGCUGGUACAUAAACCACCAAUCUGUUGGCCACAAGGACUUGAAAUAACAACGUUUUGGGUCCUGUGAAAAAAAAAAAAAGACGGAAGUUAAAGGGGUGAAGGCAACUCGAUCGUAACUAUUCCAAAUACACCAGGAAUAAGUGGGGAUUUAUAGCCAAGGAGCAGGGAGCAGGUGUUCAGAAAACUGCUAAGAGGAAACAUCAAUUCUGGGGGGAAUUCUGGCUGAACCAACCUAACAGGAGUCCCAGCGAAGGCAGGCCAGGGGGUCAGAUACCAAGGGUAGGGAGUAAAGAAUUUUGAUCACAUAUGGAGGGUGGGGGAUUCUUGCUAAACUGCCGUGGCAGUGUUACUUCCUAACACUGCAUUUAUAAGGAAGUGCACACAAGGACCUGGGAGAAGAUUCCGAAGCCUAACUGAAGUUUGGCCAAGCAAAGAAUCUUUAACACAGUCUCUUGAUUGUUGAAAUAAUUGGUCGCAUGACUUUUUUUUUUAUAUAUAACAGCUUUAUUGGGAUAUAACUCACAUACCAAACAAGUCAACCAUUUAAAAUGUAUCAUUCAGCGAUUUUUAGUAUAUUUCCAGAUAUGUUCAACAAUCACCACAAUUUGAGAACAUUUUCAUCACAUGUAAAAGAAACCCCUACCCUCUAGCUAUCACUCUUCCUAACUCUACCCUCCAAACCCCAGCCCUAGCAAACAAUAAUCAAUUUCCUAUCUCUAUGGGUUUGCCUAUUCUGGAUAUUUCAUAUAAAUUCAGCCAUACAAUAUGUGGCCUUUUGUGUCUGGCUUCUUUCAUUUAGCGUAAUGCUUUCAAGGUUCAUCUAUGUUGUAGCAUGUAUCUGUACAGUACUUCAUUCCUUUAGAUUGCUGGAGCAUAUUCUGUUGCAUUUUGUUUAUCCAUUCAUCAGUUGAUAGACAUUUCAGUUGUUUCCACAUUUUGGCUAUUGUGAAUAAGGCUGCUGUACACAGUCGUGUACAGUUUUUUUAUGGACCUAUGUUUCCAUUUCUGUUGAGUGGAAUUGGAAUCUAAGAGUGGAAUUGCUGCAUGUGGAGGCAACAGCAGCUCCAUCUUGGAAGCUAAUCCUCCAUGUUGGCUUCUGAUUGACCCCUGUUCUGGGAAGGCCUCUAAGAUUUCUACUUUAUCUGUUGUUGCUUGUGUAAGAGCAGGUAUCUACCCAGUAUGUUCUGUCCUUAAUUCAAACAACUUGAUGUUAUUAUACUUCAAUUGUCCUACACAUCCCUUCUGAACCACCCCUCCCCUAUGGUAUAUAAGCCCUAAGGGGCUAGAGUGAUGGCUCAUGCCUGUAAUCCCAAUGCUUUUGGAGGUUGAGGCUAGAGGAUUGCUUGAAGCCAGGAGUUCAAGACCAGCCUGGGCAACAAAGCAAGACCCUGU